AUGAGGAGCUAGAAAUCUGCCUGUCUCUGCUAGAUUCUGUCUUAGACAAGUCGCUUGGAGAUUUUUACUUAGUUUUUGCUUCGUAAUUGAAUUCGUCGUCGUCGUAUUGCUUAGUGUCAUAAUGAUUGCUAACCGGUACAACGAUAACUGCGUGGAGUAUACCCAGAAGGGUACGCGUUGUUUGAGGAAGGUACCCCUAGCCUUAGGAAUUGAAGGAGAGUGCUGGCAACACCGUCAACAGCCAGCCGAGGUCCAGUGCUCUGCACAUACUGGGCUUCAUGGGAAUGGCAGACGUUGCAGCCGGCGUGGACGUCACACGCUAGACGAAAACGCCGUUGAACUCUACUGCACGCAACACGUCAACAAGUUGCAUCGCGAGAACGGUCGUGCGGAGGUCGUUUCUGCUAAUCGCCAACAGCAGGAUGAACAGCGUAGGAGGGCGGAGGAGCGUGAGCAACUCCACCCGAGACGCAGGUCACCGCGUCUGGUAGAGCGAGAGAUCGCAGCUGCCGCUGUUCAGCUCGCCGCAGAGAGGGAGCAACGUCGUGCCGCCAAUCGGGCAAACCAGAACCUGCGGAGGUCGGCCCGGAUUGCCGCGAGGCGAGGCAAUGUGUGAUAAUAGCCUGGACUGAUUCGCAGAAGCAGCAGGGGGG